AUGGCAAUUCCUGAGAUUGAGAGCGGUUCGAACCCGCCUCUCAAACGCGUCUGGUAUCGCACCUCCCUCUUCAAUGCCUGCGUGAUCGGUGUAGUUGGCUUCCUGGCCCCCGGCCUCUGGAACGCCAUGAACUCCCUCGGCGCGGGUGGCGAGGAGAAGCCCUACCUCGUCAACGCCGCCAACGCCCUCGUCUUUGGUCUUAUGGGCUUCUUCUGCAUCUUCGGCGCGCCCAUCGCCAACCGCAUCGGCCUGAAAUGGACCCUCCUGCUUGGCGCGGCCGGCUACCCCGUCUACGCGGCAGGCCUAUACACCAACGACCGCUUCGGCAACGUCUGGCUGGUGCUCGUCGGCGCCGUCGCAUGCGGUAUCUCCGCCGGUCUCUUCUGGGCCAGUGAAGGCGCCAUUGCAAUCGGAUAUCCAGAACCGUCCAAACGCGCCCGCUACCUCAACAUCUGGGUAUGGUGGCGCACCCUCGGUCCCAUCAUCGGCAACUCAAUCGUCCUCGCCCUCAACAUCAAAAACAAAAACGCCGGCAGCGUCGGCUACAGCACAUACAUCGUGUUCAUCGUUCUUCAAUGCCUCGCCGUUCCGGUCGCCCUGCUCCUCACACCCCCGGACAAAGUGCAACGCGCCGACGGUUCCCGCGUCCACAUCCGCGUGGAACCCACCUGGACUGCUGAAUUCAAAGCUCUCUGGCAAACCUGCAAAAACCGUACCGUGAUCCUCCUUCUCCCCAUCUUCUGGGCCGUCUAUUUCAACGAAUACUCGGGUAACUUCGAAACCUACUACUUCGGGGUCCGCGCUCGCGCCCUCAUCGCCUUCCUCUCGGACUGGGUCACUAUCCUCGCCUCCCAACUCAUCUCCCACUGGCUCGACUACAAACGCAUCCCCGCCAAAACCCGCCUCACCUACGGCUGGUAUUACGUCAUCCUCGUCCACGUCGUCGCCUGGAUCCUCGCCUGGGUCGUCCAAGAACAAUACACCUCCUCCGGUGACCCACCGGUCAUGGACUACACAACCCCUGGCUUUGUGAAGGGCGCAUUCGUCCUCUUCAUGUGGAGUUUCGCUCAACAGACCGCUCAGAACUGGUUAUACUAUCUCGUGGGAUCCAUGACGGAGAAUAUUGCCGAGUUGACCCGCCUUACUGGUAUUCUGCGUGGACAGGAGAGUUUCGGGGAGGCGGUGUCGUAUGGGUUGAAUACGAAGGAGUGGUUUGGGGGACGGGUGCCGAUGGCAGUGAAUACGAUCUUGUUAGGGUUGUGUGUGGUGCCGACGUGGAUUGUCGUGAAGAAUCAUGAUAUGGAGAGUUCGGAGUCGGAGUCGGAGUGGGAGUCAGAGGGGGAGAAAGUGCGGGUGGAGAAGGGGAUGAAUCCGGAUGUCGAAGUGAGAGAGACGGGGCGGGAGAAUCAAAUAUAA